UGAAAAAAAGCUACAUCGAGGCUGAAAAUCUUAAAAAAUUCCGAAGAUCUCACUUCGAGACAUUUGCUGCACGCCUCAACACCACGAGGGCGUCCGUAACAUACCCCUCGUGAGCCUCAUAUUGCUCAUACACCUGCGCCUGACUUCCUCACUGCCAUUCUCCCUCUUCUUUCCCUUACUCUUCCCUCCUUUCGUAUAAAACCCGUCGCACGCAAGCAGCUCCCAACAGGGAGCCCCUUCUUUAGCCCGCAAUGUCCAAAACCACUUUCGCAGUCAUAGCAGCGGCAAGCGCAGGAGCCGGCGCCGCAAUAACAACCGCGAUGUACUCAUUAAGAUCCUCGACCGAGCGAAAACUCGACACCGCAACCAUAUCUACGACUUCGACAACAUUCUCGACGGGCGGAGGAGCACCAUCAGCACCGAUCCCGAUCCCAGCCAAACAGAUCUUCACACCCCCGAACCAAGCAGGAGGCGCGCCAGGGCCGUACUCGACCUCGGCGCCCGCGGCCCUGGGCCCCGUCGACCCGUCCGGCCUCUUCGAGUACGGGUUCCCGGGCCCCGUAGCCGACGUCGCGACGCGGCAGGCCCUGAUCUCCUCCUUCGACCGGCGGCUGCGCAACCCGCACUGGGUGGUGGAGCACAUAACCCCGGCGUCGCUGGCCCAGCGCGGCGGCGACCGCAAGCACAGCGUCUUCCUCGAGGACGAGGCCGUGCCGGACAAGUUCCGCGCGAAGCUGAAGGACUACUUCCGGUCGGGCUACGACCGGGGCCACCAGGUGCCCGCGGCGGACGCGCGGUGGAGCCAGGGCGCGAUGGACGAGACCUUCUACCUGACCAACAUGUGCCCGCAGGUGGGCGAGGGCUUCAACCGCGACUACUGGGCGCACUUCGAGGACUUCUGCCGCAACCUGACGGGGCGGUACCCGAGCGUGCGGAUCGUGACGGGGCCGCUGUACCUGCCGAAGCGCGACCCGAGCGACAACAAGUGGUACGUGCGGUACGAGGUGAUCGGCAACCCGCCCAACGUCGCCGUGCCGACGCACUUCUACAAGGUCAUCUUCGCCGAGGACGGCGCCGUCGGCGGCAACGUCGCCAUCGGCGCCUUCGUCCUGCCCAACGCGCCCAUCCCCAACGACAAGCCCAUCACCGACUUCGAGGUCCCCGUCGAGGCCGUCGAGCGCGCGAGCGGCCUCGAGUUCGCUACCAAGCUGCCCGCGCAGCGCCGCAAGAGGCUCUGCUCCGAUACCACGUGCGCGUUGGUCAUCAAGGAGUACGCCGACAGGCAGAAGGCGUUCGCGAAGCCCGGGUCGACGGCUGUUGCGAAGCGCUAGUUGCUUCUAUCUAUCUAUCUACAUACAUAUCUACCUACCUAGCUACCUAUCAACUUACUCCUCGUGGCACCUAAAGUAGCUAGCACGAACUCGUUCAUCAUCAACGUCACGACUCAUGAUAUUCCUUGCAUGGCUCAAAGAAACGAGACCUAUGAUGUACGUUACGGAUAGAAGACUAGCCGGAUAGUUAAAUAAGAAAAAGAAAUACAUAAUUUAAUUGGGAUACACACACCUCGGACUCGCAUACACGGGCUUUUUUGCAUUGCAUCUUUUCGUUUCCUCGCGGGAACAUGGCGAAUCUUGUGGCUUUCUGUUUCGAUAUUCGACAACUAAUCUACCUGCAUAUCUACUCAUCUACAACAUCUAAUUGUUUAAAGAAUCAUGUACAACUAUUUGUUAUUGUUACUAGCAUCGGCAUACGGCGGCGAUGGCGGAUUGGGGCAUGGAAUGGCAUUGAGGUUUAGGUAGCAUAGCAUAGCAUAGCAUAGCAUAGCAUAGCAUA